UACACAGGCGGACGCGACGCCGCAGGCCGGAAAAAGAGGCACAGCCUUGGAGGCCGCGCUGCAUGCUGGGAUCUGUGGUCCACGGCGCGACGUCGGCCGAGGCGGCCUCUCUGGUACUUUCGGCCCCAGAGCGCGCGAGUCCAAGAGGUCCCAGCCGCUCAGCCGGACCCGCACAGGCCCAAGGACAAGAGAGCCGCCGGCUUCCUCGAGCUUAAAGCUCGGCCGGAACUCUUCCGAGUCCCUUUGGCCCGGAAAGAGAAGUGCAGCUUCGCGACAGCCCAGUUUGGUUGCCACGCUCCCGGGGAGCUGGUGGGAAUCUUACCCUUACGCUCGGGUACAAUUGGGCUACGGUGUCAUGUGACUAUAUGCCCCGUGCCUGGUUGGCUGCAGCCUCGGAACCCUGCGGUUACCAGGGCGACCGAGCGGCGGCGAGCUUCGGCGUAGGCGCUGCGGGUUUGACGUGAUAGAGCACUCGGCGGAGCAGGAGAGCGUCAGGCAGCCCGGGGACAGCAUCCGACUCUGCCUCCUGCCGGGCUGUGCUCCCCCCUCGGCCGUGCUCGGCCCCCGGGCGUGGGUUGCACAUGGGAGCCCAGGGCACCCAAGAUGCGGGCGCCGGCCAGGGACCUGUUCCGGGACGCCGCCUUCCCUGCCUCGGACUCCUCGCUCUUCUCCAGCUUCUCCACACCGCUGGCCCAGUUCCGAGAAGACAUCACGUGGAAGCGGCCCCAGGAAAUUUGUGCCACACCCCGGAUGUUUCCAGAUAACCCACAGGAAGGGCAGGUGAAGCAAGGGCUGCUGGGGGACUGCUGGUUCCUGUGCGCCUGCGCCGCCCUACAGAAGAGCCGGCACCUCCUGGACCAGGUCAUCCCUCCCGGACAGCCGAGCUGGCUCGACAAGACGUACCGUGGCUCCUUCACCUGUCAAGUUUGGCAGUUUGGACGCUGGGUGGAGGUGACCGUAGAUGACCGUCUGCCUUGUCUUGCAGGGAGACUCUGCUUCUCCCGGUGCCAGAGAGAGGAUGUGUUCUGGCUGCCGUUGCUGGAGAAGGCCUACGCCAAGGUCCACGGGUCCUACGAGCGCCUGUGGGCAGGGCAGGUGGCGGACGCCCUGGUGGACCUCACAGGCGGCCUGGCAGAGAGGUGGAGCCUGAAGGACCUGGCCCGCGGCAGCGGCCCGGAGCCCAGGACGUGUCGGCAGCUGCUCGGCCUCAAGAAGCGGUGUCCCAUCAGCUGCUCGGUGUUCAGCCCCAGAGCAGGUGCCAGGGAGUUGGGGGAGUUCCACGCCUUCAUCGUCUCAGACCUGUGUGAGCUCCAGGGCCGGGCUGGUCAGCGCAUCCUGCUGCUGCGCAUUCAGAACCCCUGGGGCCGGCGGUGCUGGCGGGGACCCUGGAGGGAGGGGGGCGAAGGGUGGAGCCGGGUGGACCCUGGGGCCUCGCAGGCCCUGCUCUCCCAGCUCCAGGAGGGGGAGUUCUGGGUGGAGGAGGAGGAGUUUCUCCGCGAGUUUGACGAGGUCACCCUUGGCUACCCGGUCACGGAGGCCGGCCACCUGCAGAGCCUCCACUCAGAGAAGGUGCUGAGCCACACGCAGGAGCUGCCGGGUGCCUGGGUCCAGGGGCGGUCCGCAGGCGGCUGCCGCAACAACAGCAGCUUCCCCAGCAACCCCAAGUUCUGGCUGCGGGUCUCGGAACCCAGUGAGGUGUGCGUUGCAGUCCUACAGAGGCCCAGAGGGUGCACGGCGGGCUGGGCCGGCCGGGCCCCGGUGGGGGACGACCGUGCUGCAUGGAGCCCUGCAAGCAUCCCGGGCAGGGACUACCCGGCUGUGGGCCUGCAUCUCUGGAAGGUGGAGAAGCGGCGGGUCAGCCUGCCCAGGGUCCUGUCUGCACCCCCUGUGGCUGGCACCGCCUGCCACGCGUAUGACCGCGAGGUCCACCUGCGCUGUGAACUGGCCCCUGGCUACUACCUGGCUGUCCCCAGCACCUUCCUGAAGGGCGUGCCAGGGCAGUUUCUGCUCCGGGUCUUCUCCAGUGGGCGCGUGUCCCUCAGCGCCAUCAAGACGGGGGCCCAGAGCCCAGACCCCGGAGCAACCCUGUCGGCGGGGGAGUGGGAGACUGUGCAGCUGCAGGGCUCUUGGCGGGCUGGCCAGACGGCAGGGGGCAGCAGGAACUUCGCCUCCUUUCCCAGCAACCCCUGCUUCCCCAUCUCGGUCCCCGAGGGCAUGGGCCCCCGCUGCGUCCGCAUCUCUCUGCUCCAGCACCGCCCGGAUGGUGAUUGCCACCCCAUCGGCUUCCACGUUUUCCAGGUUCCAGCAGAUGGUGGGGGCCAGGGGACAUGCCCCCUGCUGCUCCAGAAGCCCCUGGUGAGCUGCGUGCCACAUCGCCACGCCCUGGAAGUGAGCCGGGUCUGCCACCUCUCCGCAGGGACUUACAGGGUUGUGCCCUCCACCUACUUGCCGGACACAGAGGGUGCCUUCACAGUGACCAUAGCAACCAGGAUAGACAGGCGCUCCAUCCACAGCCAGGAGAUGCUGGGGCAGCCCCUCCAGGAGGCCUCCUUCAGGGCGGUGAUGAAGACCUGACUGGACGGCCCUGCGUGCCAGCUCCGGAGACUGGCGUCCUCGGGCUCCCACCGGCUUAUGGUGUCCUCUCACGGUGCCACCAGACUCACUGUGGCCUCCGGUCCCAUGCUGGGUGCCCUGUGGCUCCCCCUGGUGGAGACUCCUGGUCCCGGGGAGAGGCAGCCCAGGAUGGGCAGGUGCAGCAGGGAGGGCGAGAAAAGCCCGGCGUGGUCGUCCUGGUCCCUGAGCCGAGACAGCAGCUCCCAGGGACCCUGCAGUCUUCCCUCGGGGCCGGGGAGGCCUUGCAGCUGCCUGGCGAGAGAGUCGCCACGUGUUUGUGGCAUUUCUAGGAAGUGACUGUGCAAAUAAACACGAGCACUGAGAAGUC